GGAGCCUAUCGCGAGGUGCCAUGAGCCUGUGAACGAGUUUACCCGCAGUACCUAGUCUAGCUGUAAUUGUGAUGUUAAUAGGCUAUUUGCGUGUUUACAUUCAUUGACUCAGUGACAGGACUGAUUGGAGCCUACAGACUGGUCUACAGCAAAACGAGAGAAUCUAUUUUACCAUGCGACGAGCUUCGGAUCGUGAGCGUGUGCGUUAAAUACAAGGAAAAUAAGGAGAGAAUGACAUGGACCUGCCACCUCCCCCUGCUUCAGGUUCCAGUUGUUACCUGCCAGGUUAAGCGCAUUGGCUUGGAUGCGACUGGAUUGCAGCUGGAGCAUGUCCACUGCAGGCCUGACUGCGCAGGACCUCUUUCUACCCCCAGAGAAGCCUGCACUGCAUGGCCGCUGCUUCCACAGCAUGGCCAAUGACACGCCCUCCUGGAGCCCGUCCCCCGACCUGGACAGGUCUUACAUUGGUCUGGAUGCCACAUCCCUGGAACAGAACCACAGAACACAUCAACAGGUCCCAGCAUCAGAAAGGCAGUAUUCUCACCCGCACAGCCCAGUGGCCCAGCGCCUGCCCCCGAAGAAGUCCCGGCCCUCCCAGCUGAGCCUGUCGUCCUGCCCCGAGCCCUCCACGCCCAGCCCGUCUGGGGACGACCAGGUGGUUCCCCCUUUCCAGCGUUUGUCCGUGUACGAGCGCAGCCCCCCGCACACCCCGUCUCGUGCACUGAGCAGGGGUUCCAGGCCCCUGCCUCCCCUCCCCGGCCCUGUGGAGCUGACUCGGGACCGGCCCGUGGAGGACGAGGCGGAGGUUUUCUCUGGCGCGGACGACAGCCGGAGGCUGGUGCCGGAGCCCUGCCCCAAGCUGCCUGCCCUCCGCCCCGGCGACCUUGCAAGGCGCAGCUUCAGGGGCUGUGGUCGGGUGAACUACGCCUACCUGGAGGGCCCGUGUGGGGCCCACGCCCCAGUCCAGCACAAGGAAGAUCGGCAGCCGCAGGAGCAGGCCACACCCCCUUCGCGUGAUCGAGCCCAUCGCCGGCUGCGCCGCUCACAUUCUGGCCCCACCCUACGGCAACCCUGUCUACGCCAUGCCAGCCUCUCUCAGGACAAGCCCCAGGUGCCACCCCGGAUUCCUAUACCCCCCCGCACAUUCAAGACGACCGACCUCGAUCGCCGCUGGUCUACAGAAGUAUCCUCUGGAGGGUACAGUGAUGAGGACAGACCCCCUAAGGUACCCCCCAGGGAUCCAAUGUCUUCCUCUCCCCAAACUCCCAGCCCCAAGAGCAUCCCUACUUACCCGAACGGGGUCAUGCCCCCCACCAAGAGCUUUGCCCCUGACCCCAAUUACGUCAGCCGCGCCCUGCGGCGCCAACACAGUGAGGGCUCGCCCUGCAUCCUGCCAGUCAUGGAGCAGGGCAGGAAGGCAAGCCACACCCACUACUUCCUCCUCCCUCAGCGUCCCGCCUACCUGGACCGGCUGGAGCGGUUUCUGCGGGGAGCGGAGUGCGAGCAGAGUGGCUCUGACUGGAACAGCAGGCCUCACACUGACCUGGUCUAGAGGAAAGCCCAAGGUCCAUGAAGACCGAAAACGUGAAGUUCUGCACUAAUAGCUCCCCCGUCAAUAUGCCGACAGGGCCUGUCUGCCAUAGAUUCUCUUACCAAUCUAUGUGGGAAAACUAGUAAAUGACAAGCACAUGGGCUGGAGGUUCUGUAAUCACAGCUAUUAAUCAAAUCUCAGCUGCUAGCUCAUGCUUUAAGGCGGUGGACGAAUGGCUCUGUUGCUUUGUUGAGCUUUGCUGAGUCAAAACAACCUCACGACACAGCCUCACAAGGGAUAGCUGCUCAAGCACUGUUGUGAGGAAAUAUUGACCUGAAAUAUUAUUUUUUAUAUUUUAUUGUAAUUGUAAUAGUAUUUAUUGCUUCUAUGGAAGAUGUUAGUGUUGUGUCAGUCUGCUGAUAUUGUGAAUUAGUCUGGUAUGAGCUGGACUUCUACCACAUAUUUAAUAUUUAUGUUUCCACUGCCGAAUAUCGUGGCUGUGCUGUCCUUGUGUUUUGUGUUAUGUGGACUGUUUCUGUUAGACACUGGCAGUGCAUGCCUGUGACUGAGAGUCAAUGUUGCCUUCACAAGUUAGGAUGAUUAUUAUUUGUUUGCAUGGCUGAUGUUCUUAUGCAGGUGAACUCGGUAAACUAAAUAGUCUGUUAUUUAUUUGUACAGGUGGAUAUUUACUGGAACAAAUUAAGGACCUUGCUCACGGUUACAUUGGUCAGUUAAAAAAAAAAACAUAUUUACGGCAGAGAAAGUGAGGACCAAAACAUGAAUUCCAUGAAGAAUGUGUCCUUUAAAUCGCAGCCUUUAUUUAACCAUUCUGCUCAUAACUUUGCUGAGUAAUAUUUCUAGAUUUUAAUAUCCUAUUAUGUCUAUUUAAAUAGAACUGUUUCUGACUAAGUUGUUCCAACAGUCUUGCGUGUGUGUGUGUUUGUGUGUGUGUAUUUUACAAAGGUAGUUUCUGCAAUGAAUGCCAUAUACAGUGCUCUCCAUUCUGUGAGUACUGUCCAGAACUGCUGUGUUGUAUUGGUUAAGCAUGUGCUGGUAUGUCUUGCUUAUUUCAGUGCUGCUUUCCCAUUUGGGUUGACAAAAUAAUGAAACAUGCAAUGCUGCUUUGUCUGCUUCACUAAAGAAUAUGAAAGAGUUAUUUAUGUCUUUUUAGAAAUAUAUAUUGAACCUGUUGUAAAGUUGUAUGUACUGUUUGUUUUGUACAUCAUGUGAAACUUAAUUUUAAGUCAAACUGUGAGUCUGAACAUGGAAUGAACUGACCUCUCUCGCUGCCUUGCUAAAUAUGAUAACAUUUUAAUUAAUAUCACAGAUCUUGUGAUUAUUAAACUCAUGAAGGGUAUCCCACACUCACUGUUUUAGGGACAUUCAGUGGUUCAUGGCCUAAAGCAAGAAACUACAGUUCAAGUAACUGCAAUUAAUCUUCUACUCUGAUGUUAUGUUUCCAAAGGAUGUACAUGUGAUAAAUUUUGACAGCAUUUGUUCACAAUUGUAAACAUAAGCAUCGAUUUAAGGGCAGUGGGCUCAAGUUUCAUGAAGAAUAAUUGAGUAAUAUACAUACAUGCUACCUCAGGAGGUAUAACACUGCUGUAACAUCUGCUUCUGGAUAUGAAUUGUAUUGCUUUAGACCAAAUACCCCUGAGUGCCCUAUACUUGCCUUUGUGAAGCUGGUAGGUUGUAAUAAACGUUUGUAAAUGUCUUAAAUAGCUGUUAUCACACACUGAAACUGUUGAAAACAUACAAUAAAUCUGAAACAAUAUUUUUUAAAAACCCUGAAAGAGGCCUAUCCCUUUAAAACAAAAAUAGACUCUCCUGACAUGAAAGAAUCUAGCGCUCUAUACGUGUACUUUUAAAUAUGCACUCUGCAAAUGUUUAAUUGCUGCCAAAUAUGGCAAAUAUUUUCUCUCUGCCAAAUAAUGAACUGAAGAGUUUUCAGAACAAAAACAAUUGGACCAAUGGAAUGAAUUCAGUUAGUGGGCGGAGCUUCAGCCAACAUUUUACAAAAACAAGAGAGGUGAACUUUGGCCGUUAUCCAUACUAAAUAUUUAUUCUCAGCUACAGCACAUAGUUUCUUUUUCUUUUUU